CUGGACCCUUUUCUUUCCGGAUUGUUUUCUAAUGCGCACGCGCAAAAUAUAAUCCUGGUAACCUCCAACAUGGCGGCGAGGGGCCAUGUGCAAGACCCUAACGACCGGAGACUCAGACCAAUUUACGAUUAUCUUGACAAUGGCAAUAACAAGAUGGCUAUCCAGCAGGCAGACAAGUUGCUCAAGAAGCACAAGGACUUGCACUGUGCCAAGGUCCUGAAGGCGAUUGGCCUGCAGCGGACAGGCCGACAAGAGGAUGCAUUCUCAUUGGCUCAGGAGGUCGCCGUCCUGGAGCCCACUGACGACAACUCGCUACAGGCCCUCACCAUACUCUACAGAGAGAUGCAUCGGCCUGAGCUUGUAACUAAGCUGUAUGAAUCUGCCGUGAAGAAGGUUCCCAGCAGUGAGGAGUAUCAUUCUCAUCUCUUCAUGGCGUAUGCUCGCGUAGGGGAGUACAAGAAGAUGCAACAGGCAGGAAUGGCUCUCUACAAGAUUGUUCCCAAGAAUCCCUACUAUUUCUGGUCUGUUAUGAGCCUACUUAUGCAGGCCAUCUCUGCUCAGGAUGAGAAGCUGGCCCAGACCAUGUUCCUGCCUCUGGCAGAGCGAAUGGUGGAGAAGAUGGUGAAGGAGGAGAAGAUUGAGGCAGAGGCAGAGGUGCAGCUGUACUUCAUGAUUCUGGAGCGGUUGGGGAAGUGUGUGGAGGCAUUAGAGGUGCUGCGUGGACCACUAGGAGAUAAGCUGACCAGUGAACUGCAGUGUAGGGAGAAUAAGUGUAUGCUGCUCUACCGCCGUCUGGAGCGAUGGCCUGAGUGCAACGCCCUCUCACAUAAACUACUGCUCAAGAAUCCUGAUGAUUGGCAGUUCUAUCUGUUGUACUUCGACUCCCUCUUCCAACUGAUGGACCAGAGCUGGACCCCCCCGUCUGAAGGAGAGCACUGUCCUGAGGGUGAGGUGCAGACCUCUGUGGCCCAGGCGGUGUGUUUUGUGGAGGACUGCGUACGUGGGGAGGACAACAAGGAGCAGCGCCCACUGAGAGGGCCCUACCUGUCCCGCCUAGAACUCAUCCGACGACUCCGAGAGAGAGGACUACCAGAGGCCUCACAGCUGGGGGACCCUCUGGAACUCAUGGUGCAGUUCUUUGUGAAGUUUGGAGAUAAACCAUGCUGUAUCACCGACCUGAAAAUCUUCCUGGACCUGCUGCAGCCAGACGAACAUGUGCAGUUCGCCAAUCGGCUGAUGGAGGGUGUACCUCUAGGCUCAGGCGAGGAGGGCGGAGUCGGUGCCGGGUUGCCAGGCGAUACGCGCGCACUGCAGCGCCACCUGUGUGUGACUCAGCUAAGCCGCGCUCUGGGCCUGCAUCACGCACUCGACACAGACAGCAAGUUGCAGCUCAUCGUGCAACUCAAAGCCCACUACCAGCACGGCCUACAGUUUGGGAAGUCGUGUUUGAAGACGGAGCUGCAGUACUCGGAUAUGUACUGCCUCAUGGCUGCACACGUCUACAUAGACCUGUGGAUGGAGACUGGGGAUGAAGCGAUGCUGUGGCAGAGUGUGUGUGUGCUGGAGGAGGGUCUGACUCACAGCUCAUCUAACGCCCAGUUCAAGCUGCUGCUGCUGCUGCUCUUCUGCCGCAUGGGAGCCUUUGAGCCAGUGGUGGACCUGUACACCAGCCUGGACGCCAAACACGUCCAGCACGAUACGAUAGGGUACCUCCUGACGCGCUAUGCAGAGGCUCUGGGCCAGUUUGCGGCCGCCUCCCAGUCCUGUAACUUCUCCCUCAGGUUUUUCCACUCUAACCAGAAAGAUACCUCAGAGUACAUCAUCCAGGCGUAUAAGUAUGGAGCGUUUGAGAAGAUUCCGGAGUUUAUUGCGUUUCGGACGCGUCUGAACCACUCGCUGCACUUUGCUCAGGUGCGCACGGAGCGCAUGCUGCUGGACCUCUUCCUGGAGGCCGACAUCUCGUCGUCUUUAGAGGACAGUGUGAAGGCGAUGGCAUUGAGUCCAGAGGACGAUGACAUCCCUUGGGACUGCAUGAGGGACAACAGGGACCUGACGGUGAUGACCAGCUGGGACCCACCCGACCGGCAUCUGACGGAGGCACACAGAAAGCAGUCUGUGGAAGAGGAAAUCAUAUGGCUGAAGGUGCGCUCCCUAACGUUACGUCUGAUUGGCUGCCUAGCACUGUUGAGCCCAGCCCCUCCCCCACAGAACUCUGGGAAGACCAAUGAGAAUGGAGUGGCCUCAAAACCUGCCACCUUGCACAAACUUCUCCCACAACUAGAGACUGCCCUUCAAGAAGCAGCGGAUUUUACAAAAACACACACAAAGACGUACCCUUUGUUUGGCCCCCCCCCUACACGGUUGAGUGUGGCUCUGCAGACAGGCUGCUGUUCCUGUCAGCUCUCUGCCCUGUGGCUCGUGCCCCCUCUCCUGGAGAUGGACAGCACUGGCCUAGAUGAGUCAUCGGAGGCACAGGUUAAGAUGUCCAAGAGCUUCAAAGCCCUACUGCAGCAGUUGCAGGACAUCCUGUCCAAAUGUAAAGGAGAUCUGGUAGUGAUGAGGGACGAGCAAUGCAAUACUCACCCCAGCCAUCUGGAGGCGCUGGUGCUCUUUGUAGAGACGGUGUGUGUGGUAGUGUGGGUGGUGGCGUUCUGUGCGGGAGUCUUGCGGCCCUUGAAGGUCAGCGCUCAGAAGAAGAAGAAAAAGAAAAAGGAGAGCAGCAUUUCUACGCCUGUUGUAGUGUGUAGUUUUCUGGAGCUGGUUGGAGGUGUGCAGACGGUGAUGUCACAGGCACUAGAGCACCUUAAGGAACAGGAGAUUCGUAUCACCGCUCUCAAGCUUGGAAGUCUAUCGCUGGACGACUCAGAGGAGGAUGGCUCCAUUAUGAAGACGGUGUUUGGGAAGGUUCAGAGCAGCUACCUGCGUUCCAUGUCUGAGCUCAGUGAGCUGCUGAGGAAGAGGAUGGACAUGCUGAAGGCUCUGAAGAUAUGAGCGUGCUCUACACAGUGCCCAACCCCCCCCCAGAGAACACGGCACUGUGUCCAGCCCCAAACCCCCCCCACCCUAACCCCCCCAGACCUCCGCUGCAUACCGUACAUACAUCUAACUUUAAACCAUUAGGACAGAAUACCCCUGUGUCUCAUGUUCACGCUGUUCAUACAGGCACUCAUACACGCUCGCUUACACACACACAACACACACACACCACACACACACACACACACACACACACACACACACCACACACCUGUAGUCUCCGACAUGGGAGGAGUGGCAUUGGUGCCCUCGUGUGGUGUGACGGAAGGAACGGUCAUUAUAA